AUGACUCCUGGUACCCUAUCAGGAUCUUCGACGAAUUCGAUGCCGUACCUAAACUCUGCCCACUCGCCAACCGGUGCGGGAACCUCACCUUACACUCCGGAUAACCCAUCCGCGCCUCCAGCCCCUUUCAACGGUGGCUUACACCCGCAACCCAAUGGCCUCCCACCGCCAACGUCAGAUCCGAGCCCCCAUCCAAAUAGAGGUAGCGGCGACUUUGACGACUCCCGGAGGAGCAGCGUUGCUUCAAACAGCAUACACACAGGCAUGAACAAUCUCGGGCUCGGUCCAACAUCCCCCUAUACAAGCACCAAUGCCUCGCAGACGUCUCUCGUCUCCGGCCUGCAAAGGGAGCGAGGUAUUCAGACAAAUGGGUAUGGCGGGGGAGGCGGCCGGUAUUCCACCAUGAGCGGGCCAAUCUCGUCCUUCGGAUCGAAUCGCGGUGGAAGAGGUGGUUUCGCUGCGGGACGAGUAGCACCUCCGAUUCUCGAGAACCCGAAACAGGAAGUUUACAGUGCAGAAGCGCCCACUCGAGGCCAGGCAUAUGCAUUCCCCGAUCCGGACGCGCCUCGGCCGCCAGGCAGACCUCCUUCAACGUAUUCGCGCCGGAACAGUUUCGCAGACUCAUUCUCCAGCAGCAUUUUGACAGUGGAAUCCAGCAGAUUACCAUUGGGGCAGCAAGAAUUACCCGAAGCUCACCAUCACAGUUUACAACACAAACAACUAGACAGUCUUCGAGGCGAUCCUGACUCUCCCAAUGGAACCACCCCCUACAGUCGCACACCAGAACUGCGAGUAACUCAUAAGUUAGCCGAGCGCAAGAGACGAAGUGAGAUGAAGGAUUGUUUUGAAUUGCUGAGGAGUCGAUUACCAGCCAGUCAAAAUAACAAGUCAAGCAAGUGGGAAACGUUGUCACGAGCUAUUGACUAUAUUGGACAGCUUGAAAGUCAGAAUAAGCAAGCACGAGCCGAGUUUGAAAGCCAGCGGAUGAAGAUGGCUGAACUUGAAGCCAAGAUGCACGAAAUGAGUCGACAAAUGCAGGGAAUCCAGCAACCUCAGGGCUCCUUUCCCCCUCCACCGACAGUGAUGCCACAGAGCCCCCUCGGAUACGCGCCUCACUUUAACAACCACAUUGACGGCCCCAACGAGCCAACACGGACGCUUCCGCCGAUAAUGAGCACCACCUCGAUGCAAGGCAUACAAUAUGAUGACCGGCGGUAG